AUGUUGCCGAGGAUUCAUUCCACGGUUCCCCGAAAACCUGCUCGUAUACAUCUUCAACCGUGUGCCCCGGAUCCGGUUCAACAUAAUGGGAGUGGUCAGAAAAAUAAACGCGCUUCGAGUUGGGAUCCGAAGUGGAAGCUGGCGAGAUUGAAAGCAAAAGUUUGUAAGAGAAAAAAACGACAAAAGAUGAAAGUGGGAACCAUGCGUUAUGAGAUUAGAGUGUCAGAUUUGAGAUAUGAGAUUUCAGGCUGA